AUGAGAUAUCUGAAAGAAUUCAUUCAAAAAUAUUCGAAAACAAUUGAAUCAUUCGAACUGAAGGUAAGAUUUUGAGCCCAAAGAUUCCACAAAAACAUUUCAAUUUCAGGACAUAUUUCUAGACUUACAUUUCGAUAUCAAAGAAUUGAAGAAUCUGAAAUGUUUGACAAGUUGCAAAGAUGUUAAAGAAAAUGGAUUAAUCGAUUUAUCGCAAAUCUAUAAACUUAAGCAAUGUUAUACGAAUAUGACGGAAUUCACAUUUGAGGAAGUUCUGCAUUUUGAAGGUGCUGAUUAUAUAAUCAAAUCGGAUGGUUUUAAUCAAGAAAACUUUGAAAUGUAUCUGAAAAUGCUGAAAAAUGGAGAAGUGCACAGAAAUUUGAAAAAUCUUCGUGUUUCUUCGAAAAUUUCUUCGCGAAACAAUUUAAAUUCUAAAAAACUCGCUAAAAUUCUCGAUGCCUUUGACUUUUUUGGGGAAAAUGAUAAAUCGUAAGUUUGGAUUUUUAUGAUUUCAAAAUUAUUAUCUAUCUAUUUCAGAUUCCAAUUCAAUUUUGUUCUCGAAAAAAGUUAUCCGAAAUCGAUUUGUUUCGUUUCUCAUUUCGAGUACAGUUUUGUUGUUAAAAUUUCAUCAGAUUAUUAUGAAGGAAUUAUCGAAAAUCGUAGACCGUUGGAUUUUUAAUAAAAUUUUUGUUUUAUGCUCUGAAAUUGAUGAUUUUUUGUAUGAAAAUGGUCUCGCACCGAUUAUUUAUAUUUUGUAGUUCACACGAAUUUCGAACGACUAUUUUUUCUCAUAGAAAAUGUCUAGAAAACGAAAAAAUAUCCGAAGAUGAAGUGAGUUUUGUUUUUAGAUCAUUAAAAUAAGUUUUGAAAAUUUAGACCUGGCGCCCACAAUAUGUAUUUUCCUACCUCAAAUCAUUAGGCCUCAAAACUUUUCGGGGUAGGUUUUUUAAUAAAAAGUAUAUUUUCAAAUAUGAGCAGAAAUACGGAAUUGCCACGUGGCAUUUUUAGCCAAAAUGUGCGGAAUUUCAAUUCGCGGAAAAAUCAUUAAAUUCAAACGAGGAUUUUUUGACUCAACAAGAUAUUCACGUGGAAUUUAAAACAAAACUCCAGUUUCUUGGCUUUUCUGCAAGAAUCUGGGGUCAAAAAAAAACAACGGCUUCCACGUGGAAUUUAGAACAAAACUAAAGGCAAAACCUACUUCUUGGCUUUUCCGCAAGAAGUUGGCAACAUAAAAUAAUCAAAAAAAUUAGAAAUUCUCGAUGUUCGAUGACGGCUCCCAAUUUUGCUCUGAAAAAAAUCGAUGGCUUCCAGAAUUUCUGAAAAUUCCAAGCUUCUGGUGAAAAAAAGGAAUUUUGAGCAUAGCUUCCGCAUUCCAUCUGAAAUUUCAAUUGAAAUCUGAUAAAAUUUUAAUUCUAUCAAUUUUCAAUUAAAUUUCCAGUACUUCUUCUUUUUUGGAUAGAAAAACUCACCGAAAAUUUCGAAUUCCCCGAUUUCUGUUGUUUUUUUGUUUCCAGACCUCGAGUUUUUUCUGAAAAAUUAUGGUUUUUCAUGGGAAAACCGUAUAUUCCCUCAUAAAAACUCCGAAAUUUCCCUCUUCCUUGAAGAAUUCCACGUUUUCUUUUCAAAACAAACUCUUGAAAAGCGAACCUCGAUCUUUCCCUUCACAGUUUUUCCAACCAAAUCAAGUCGACAAAGUCGAGAGUAUAACCAAAAAACAAGUUAAGGUAACUCAUGUCGAGGUUCCUGACAAUUGCAAUGGCUAAUGCUCAACACAAGAAGCUUCACUAUCCAGAGUUAGGCUAAGUUGAGCUGUACUUUACUCCAGGAGAGACACGUGGAUUUGUUCGAAGAGGGAAAGAGAUUUGGGGACUCCUUGUAAGAGAGAAAAAACUCAUCUUUGUUUGCUGCCAUUUUGUUGCUCGCCGAAAAAAUUAAUGAAAAAUUAUUGUUGAAAUAGCAUUUGCCACGACAAAUUUCACGUUCACGCAAAAAAUAUUAUUUUUUUUUUCUCUCUGCUUUUUUUUUUGUUUUUUUUUUGCUGACAAAAAAAUCCCAGAAUCUUUCAGGUAUCAAAAAAUUCGUGCGACAAGAUGACUUCUCAAUUGGAUGGUUUGAUUUACCAUUAGAAAUGAGACAAUUAAUCAUAGAUGAAAUGGAUAUCAAAACACGGUGCAAAUUCGCGCAAUGUUCGAAGAAAUGUGAAGACGAAGUGAAAAUAUCGAAAUAUUUCCUGACUGGCAUCAAAAUCACUAAAAAUCAAAUACAUAUUUCACUUGAGCAUUUAUAUUAUCUUUAUUGUUUGGAAUUCAUUGAUGUUCUGGAUUUGGAUGAACCUCGAGCAAUUGUUAUUUAUAAAACGUAA